GCCCAUACCACACUCGCCAGCGAUGUCGGACAACCCAUCUUUCGUACUCAAGGCGAUUGAGCAGACCGUCUACGAAGACAGGCCUAUCCCUGAAAUCGCGCCUCACGAAGUGCUCGUUGCUAUCAAGAAGACAGGGAUAUGUGGCUCUGAUGUGCAUUACCUCACGCACGGCCGCAUCGGUGACUUCGUGGUGAACGCGCCCAUGGUUUUGGGUCAUGAGUCCGCUGGUAUCGUCACGAAAGUUGGCGCGAAGGUUAAAGGCUUGAAGGUUGGCGAUCGAGUCGCUUUGGAGCCUGGGGCAACUUGCCGCUCUUGUGACGCCUGCAAGGCAGGCAGAUACGAACUCUGCCCGGAUAUGGUCUUUGCAGCCACACCUCCUUACGACGGUACUUUGGCUCGCUACUAUGCCAUCCCCGGCGAUCUUGCCUAUAAGCUCCCCGAUAACAUGACUCUCGAGGACGGUGCCAUGAUUGAGCCCUUGUCCGUGGGCGUGCAUUCCGUAGCCGCUAUUGGCCAGCUACGGGCCAAUCAGACUUGCGUAGUGUUCGGAUGCGGCCCGGUAGGGCUGGUUUGCAUGGCCGUUGCUCGUGCACUCGGUGCGCGGAGAGUGAUUGCCGUAGACAUUGUUCCCCACAGACUUGAAUUCGCCAAGUCAUAUGCCGCAACCGAUAUAUACCUCCCGAUUCCCCUGAACCCGGGAGAGAGCCGGAUCGAGUACUCCCGACGCAAUGCCGCCGCAAUGAAGGAGAAGCUCGGUAUUCAGGAUCUUGGUCCUGACGGUAUCGACCUGGUUGUGGAUGCCAGUGGUGCCGAGGCAUCUAUCCAGACUGGUAUCUUGAUUGCCAAGGCAGGAGGGACAUAUGUGCAGGUUGGUAUGGGCAUGCCUGAUGUCGUGAUUCCCAUUACUCUCCUGCUCACCAAGGAGGUUAAGUUCCUCGGGUCCUUCCGCUACGGCCCGGGCGACUAUCAACUUGCGAUCGCGCUCGUAGCGGCCGGAAAGAUCGACCUUAAGUCCCUCAUCACACACCGCUUCUCAUUCGAGGAAGCCGUGACCGCGUUCCAGGUCACCAAGGCGGGCAAGAGCGAGGACGGAAAAGGCGUUAUCAAGGCAGUCAUCUCUGGCCCAGGCGUGAAGGUGGACGAGCUCUAGGUUUUUACCAUUGUUAUCGAAAGGGGAGCAGAUGAGAACAUAAGACACGAGUAGGAACUUGCAAUAAUUACUGUAAGAUGAAAAUGUACCCAAGUAUAUGCCAAUAUGUUCAAUGCUGCUGGUUAUGCCUAUGUGCCGGUCGGCCCUCGUCAAGGCAUGCCACCUAAGUCUGGUGCCAUAUCGUAUUCCGGAUGCCAUGGCCGCUCUUGAUAAUCCUUGAGGAAACGGCCAGACAUCAACUUGCCCUCGAUUCCGCAUUCCACCGGAUAUAGCACCCUCGCAGCUCCAUCCUCCCAUGUUAGCGGCACAGCCGCUGUUCUCUGCACGCGCUCAUCAUCCGGGACUGCGUGUUGGAUGCUGAGAUAGCCGGGAUCAACGCUGUUCAUGUAUAUGCCCUUAUGAUCGCGAAAUUCGUCCGCGAGUGUUUCUGUGAUCAUAUUCAUCGCCGCCUUGGCCAUAUUUGUGUGCACGUGGUGUGGAGCUCGGCCUAUGUUAUCUUUGCGGAGGAAAAUACCCUCUCUGGAGGAAACGUUGACGAUGAAUGCUGGGUCACUUCUCCGAACCUCGCGAUCGGAGCGUGCCAUCAGAUUCGCCAGUUCACGGAUCAAGACGAAAGGCACAACCGAGUUGACCGUGAGCACGUUGAACAUUUCCACGUAGGGGAUCUCAUCGUAAUGCGCCGUCCAACUGUUCUUGACAGGCUGGCCACGUACGGAAACAAUACUUGUCUCCUCCCGAAUGACAGACGAGGUCUCCAGCGAGGUAUACGGCUUGACGGCUCUAUCUUCUUCUAUGAACUGCAGUUCGGAUCGACCUUUGGCUGGUCCCAGCAUCAUUAACCUCUCGCGUUCCACUCGUGGUAUCGGCACCGUUUGAGCUGCGUUGUUGAUCAGGAUAUCUAGUGUUCGGCCAUGUAACAGACCCUUGAUCUUCUCAAUCAUGCAAGUGACGUCUCCUGCAUCCGUAAAGUCAGCUUCGAGUAUGACGAGUCUAUCGCGCCAAUCCUCGUGAUCCGCACAAGAGGCGUAACGGUUCUGAGCAUCCACGUGAAACCGCGUCGUAGCAAAAACGAGGCUUGCUCCACCCCGAAGCAGUCGCAGCACGGUAGCGAACCCCAAGUUGAUGCGCCCGCCCGUCACCAAGGCGACUUUCCCGUGGAACCGAGCGGGAUUGACCGGCUGCGAUUGAUGGGCAUUGAAUUCAGCGCAGUGGAUGCAAAGCCACGGAUUUAUUGAACGACGGUGCGAUUUCAUGACGCUUUUGCAGAUGUAACAACGAGGGUGAUCGCGCGUACGCGAGGUGAGGCGCGGUAGGGCAGGUUCGGGGUUCACAUCUGGAUUCGCCAAUGAACGGUAUGGUGCACGUUCCGGGAUCGUCUUCGCAAACGCAAGAAUCUGGUCGAUCUCCGAUUGAAGUGGAUUAUAUCUCAUACUAGGACGCGUUUGCUCCGCCUGAAUAAUCCGAAGGACACGCAACGCCUGGGCAAGGUCGUCAAUGCCUAUGGGAUUGGGCGGUUCCACGUCGGAUAAUGCCUCAGGUUCCGUGAAACUUCCUAACACGGUGCGUAUCAUACCAUUCAGGAUCAGAUGCCCGACGACAUGAUUUCCGUUACCGCACAUACCAGCCAAUGCAGCCAUGAUGGGAUCAUCCGCAU